AUGGUGCCUUGUCAGACCCAUGUGUUGCUGAAGUGGCAGGAGCACUUCAAUAGCUCCUGGGCAGCGGAGGACAGUGGACAGACAGCAAAGAGGCAUGGAGCUGCUGCGCUCUACAGCAAGCUCCUUCACAACAAGGAAGUGGUGACUCUGGCUCAACCUGUUCAAGAACUCGUCGGCCCACGCCUGCCAGACUUCGAGUGCGAGUCCAGUGCCUCGGCGGAGAAAGAAGAGUACCUGUCAUCCCUGCUUCACAGCCAGCGAUGGCUGGCUCACCGCAUGCUGACGCAAACCUCCUACACCUUGGGCCUCCACCACAGGCUGGUAGUGCUCCAGAGGAUCUACUACGCACUUCACAGCAAAUACCAUGACAAAUUCCGCAUGCAGCUGCCCUCCCAGUCCACAGACAGUGGCACUGAAUGUGGGCAACUUGAGCUGGCCUCAGAGCCUUGCCUGCCAGGGGGAGUAUCCAAAGUGAAGUCGGGUACAGAUGUUCUGAUAGAGAUGGGCGUAAGGACAGGUUUGAGUCUGCUCUUCUCAUUACUGCGGCAGAACUGGAGGUACGCAGCCUCAGUGCAUCCGGAGUCGGUGCUUUGUAAUGACGUGCUUGCCACAGCCUCCUCUGUGCUGGCCUCUCUGCCACCGCUCUCUCUGGCCAAUGAGAAUAAGAUCCCGUCAGUCGGGCUGGACUGCCUGGCACAGGUGGCUGAGUUCCUGAAGAAGACAUCAGUGAGCAGUGGGACCGGUGGGGCGGACCCCACUGGUCGGAGGCUAGCGCUGGAGCUGCUGCUCGGCCUGGCCAUGCAGAGAGGCUCUCUAAAGUUUCUGCUGGAGUGGGUGGAGGUAGCCUUGGCUGCUUCCAUGUCCUCAUCCACCUCUACACUGUCUUCCUCCUCCUCACUGAGCUCCCAGCAGUCAGCUGGUGUGGGCUUUGAUGUGAUCCAUCAAACACUUCUCCAAAUGAGGCAAUAUUCGGGUUUCCGUGGGGACUCUGUCAAUACUCAGGUGCUGAAGAAGGAUGCAGAUGGACUUUGUCGACUCUCCCAGGCAGCUCUCUGCCUGUUUGAGGAGAUUUGUAAUCUAGCAUCCUACUGCCUGUGCUCCUGCAGCACUGAUGCAGCUGCUCCUGGUACUGAGAGCGACACAGUCAUGGUGUAUGUGUGGGGCAGCAACAGCAGCCACCAGCUGGCAGAGGGAACUCUUGAGAAAAUCCUGCUGCCAAAGCUGACUCAGGGCUUCAGUGAUGCCCAGAUGAUUGAGGCAGGCCAGUACUGUACCUUCUCAGUAUCAGCAGAUGGUUCAGUGAAAGCUUGUGGAAAAGGCAGCUAUGGCCGACUGGGCCUAGGGGACUCCAACAACCAGUCCAUGCCCAAGAAACUUGUGCUGGAACCACAUAGGAACAUGAAGAAGGUGUCCUCCUCCAAGGGCUCCGAUGGUCACACUUUGGCCAUCACUGUGGAGGGAGAGGUGUUCAGCUGGGGUGAUGGAGAAUAUGGGAAACUGGGCCACGGCAACAGUGCUACACAAAAAUACCCCAAAAUCAUACAAGGACCGCUGUUUGGCAAGGUUGUUGUUUGUGUGUCUGCUGGCUACAGACACAGUGCUGCUGUGACUAAUGAUGGAGAGCUUUACACCUGGGGAGAAGGCGACUUUGGCCGACUUGGUCACAGUGACAGUCAGAGUCGGAACGUGCCCACACUGGUGAAGGACAUCAGUGGUGUGGGGCAGGUGGCCUGCGGCAGCUCCCACACCAUUGCUGUGGCACAAGAUGGACGCACUGUGUGGUCCUUUGGAGGAGGGGACAAUGGUAAACUAGGUCAUGGAGACACCAAUCGUGUGUAUCGCCCCAAGGUCAUAGAGGCUCUGCAUGGAUUCAUCAUCAGGAAAGUGUGUGCUGGCAGCCAAUCAUCUCUGGCCCUUACCUCUUCAGGACAGGUGUUUGCAUGGGGCUGUGGCUCGUGUUUAGGAUGUGGCUCCUCUGAGACCACCUCUCUCAGACCCAGAUUCAUAGAAGACCUGAGUAUCACCAAGAUCAUUGAUAUCUCAUGUGGAGACAGCCACUGUCUGGCUCUGUCCCAUGAGAAUGAAGUGUACGCCUGGGGAAACAACACCAUGGGCCAGUGCGGCCAAGGCCACACUUCGACACCGAUUACCAAACCCAAGAAAGUGCUUGGGCUAGAGGGCGUGUCGAUCCAACAAAUCACUGCUGGCACUUCUCACAGCCUGGCGUGGACUGCAGUUCCAACGGACAGGCAACUGGUGGCAUGGCACAGGCCCUUUUGUGUCGACUUGGAAGAGAGUACAUUCACCUACCUGCGCAACUUCCUCGAAAGUUACUGUGACGGCAUUGGGAAUGACACACCCCCUGCCCCGUUCUUAUCUAAAAGGGAUCACCAUCAGUUUCUUCUGCUGUGCAUGAAGCUGCUGUCCAUCCACUUGUCCUUGGCCCAUGCUGGGGGCACUGGUGCCAUGGUUUUGGGGGCUCAGGGUAGGCCCCUCAGAAACCUGCUCUUCAGGCUCAUAGAUACCAACAUGCCAGACUCCAUACAACAGGCAGUUCUGAACACACUGUCCAUUGGUGCAUCCCUCCUGCUGCCUCCACUGAGGGAAAGAACAGAACUGCUCCUGUCCCUCCUUCCUCAGGGCCCUCAGAGCCUGAACAUCCUCUCCAAAGGACAGCGCCUGCAAUUAGACAUGGUCCUCAGCAGCCUUCAAGAUCAGAGCCAUGUAGCUUCUCUACUAGGUUACAGCAAUUUUGGGGAGGUGACGGCCCUGGGACCCCCGCUGACACCAGCUAUGUCUGUCCGGCCUCCCUCAUCCAGCUCUAUUGAGGCCUACGACCCCCUGCACUUGGCAGAGGUGCUGCUAAGAACCCUGCUCCUCAGCAUAGGCUUUUACACGGAGCGGGCAUUUGGGGAACUGGAGAAAAACAGUGACAAGCAGCUGUCGAGCGAUAGCCAGGGACAGACUGAUCCUCCUUCUCACUUCCACCAGCUGCUGUCUGGACUUCACAAACACUUGCUCGCCCAUUGCUACAUCCAUUCCAGCCCUGAGGAUGACAGCAGUGUAACGCUGCUGCGAGAGCAUCUUUACCUGCUGCUUCCCUGUGCUGCAGAGACACUCAGGAGAUCCACCAAACUGAUGAAGGAGAGUUCCCUGGAUAAACAAAUAGUCAAGAAGCUGCACAUGGUGUUGUACAACUCUGUGGCUGGCAGUCUGCUGUGCCAGGUAAUGUAUUCCUUGCUGCUGCUGCCCCUGGUCACGGUUCAACCCCUCCUGAGCCAGUUAUUGGCCUUGUUGGAGCAACUCAAUGAUUUCAACAGGUUGCUGCCAGAGACAGGCCUACUGGAGGAACAGGAACUAGGGAUGGAGGCUCAGAAAACCUGUUUAGAUAAAAGUGAAGAAAACACAUGCCAUGGACAACAACAGCAGGAGGAGGAGUGGAAGUGGGUUUGGCUGCUAGAUCUGGAACGGUCUGUUGCGUUGGCAGUCGGUCAUUGCCUUGGUGGUAUGCUGCAAGGCCCACCGCCCUCACUUCAGGAGAAAACGUCAGAGUUCUGGCUAUCAAAUGUCCUCCUCAGGAACGGCCUCGAGAUGGACUUUGAACAGCUGGACUCUAGCAUGGCAUGGCUGACUGAGGUGGUACUCCUAGGCAGUAGCGAUGCCAGGUUGGCAGAGCUCAGUCUGAAUGAGGAAACCAGGACGUUAUUGGAACUGGCACUGGGAUCAUCCAGAGGACCAGCAGGUGGCCUGUGGCGGAAGAUGGAGGAGUAUGCUCGCAGCAAAGAAUGGGAGAGUGGAGGCUCUUCAGGCGACUGUUUGCUGCAGACCGUCUGUCGCUGCAGCCUGGCUGCUCUUCUGAAACACACUGGCCUGCAGAAUGAGGCCUGUUGGCAGGACAGAUAUGAGCCCUGUGAGAUGCUGUUAGACGUCUAUGAAACAGUUUACAAAAUCAGAAGCACUCUGUUGGCCCAUAAAAACUCUCCAAGGACAUCACAGCUGCAGACUGCUGCCAAACAGACCAUUCAGUCUCCCCAAAGUCCUGAAGCAGGCAGGCAAGAGCCAAGCACCUCAGUAGAACCAGUAGGAAAGGAUCACGAGCAGCAGCCAAGAGGUCACUGUAGCCGGGAGGUGCAAGUGCCUCCAACCCCCCCAGCCAACCACAACCAGGAAGAGGCCGCAGAGGAGGACACAUUUGGCAAUAGCCGUAUGUACCUGUCAGAAGUCCUAGAAUCAUUCAUGGCCACCCGGGAGGCCAUGCAAGUCCAACAGAAUGUGACGGUGUACGAAUCCUUUGGCACUUCCACCCUCCCCAGCAGCAUGGAGAGCCCGGUCAGCCCAGAGAGGGAGCUGGAUCCCAAGCAGCAGUGGGACAAGCAGGGGGAAUCUGAGGAAAGCUUGUCUUUCCCUGCCGCCUGCCAUCUGGUGGUGUCCCGAUGUCUCUUCCUCCUACUGGGAGUCAGGCCCGCUUGGGUGGAACCCAGCGAAAAGGAGAAUAGUCAGGCUGUGAACACCGGAACAAGGAAAUCAGCAGCUGAAUUCUUCAUGGUGUCUGCUGAUGGCCGAAAGCAGUCUGACCAACCCAAAAACUCCCUGGGACAUUCCAAGAAUAAAAUGGGCUUGCCUCUGUGUUCUUUGGGCAUCAUGAAGGAUGCUUGGGAUCGCCUGCGACAGUGUAUCAGCCCAACCACGUCUAUGUCCCACUGUGGCAACAACACUUUGCCUAUUCUUAACCAGGUGUUCUGCUUCGUCUGUGGAAGCCUGACCCGCUUGUCAGCCUCCUCACCAACACUGCCAGGCGGACAGACUUGUCGUCAGGCAGAUCCGAAGGCCAUUACUUUUGCAAUACUGCAGCAGCAACAGAGGGCUGAGUUGCGUCUGGAGGCCUUGUGUCAGAUGUCGGCCUUCCUCUCUAAAAUGGAGGAAAAGAGCAGCGGUUUCGUCUCUCCUCAGUUUCCUGUGUUGUUGCAGUCAGUGCAGCUUCAAUUUCUGUCUGGAUGCUUUGCUCUGGGAACACAAAUCAUUGGCUCUCACUCUGGAGCUAAUUACGAGACGCAGCAUUACAUGGCUGGUACGCAUUCAGCUUCUGUGGAUACUCAAAGAGAGCUACAAUCUGCAGCCCACACCUUCUACCAGCAGGUGGUGCGUGUCCUCAAACAGAGGGUCCUGUUGGAAAGGGAACAUCCAGGUUCAUGCCAGCACCUUCUCCUAGCCACAAUGUUUGCACUGAAUUUCUGCUACCAACCAGUGGACCUGGUUCUGGUAAUCAAAUGUGGCAUCCUGGAAAUCCUUUCCAUGCUGACCAGCAACAGCUGUGCACUGCUGAACCAGGGCUGGUUUACAGCCUCUGCAUCUGGAUCCAUGCUACUAGGUGGGGCUGUUAAACUAGCCUGUGCUCGUCUGCUUCAGAUAUUGACUGUGGCUGCAAGCUCCUGUGAGGAUUUGCUGCCUGUGGAUGUAUCACAUGCUCUAAUGGAAGUGAUGUGUGAGCAGCUCCAGAAUAUCCUGUAUACUUUCCACCAGCAGCAGACAGCAGAGAGAGGAACAGCUGAGAGAACGGAUUUGGACUCCAGCAGCAAGAGCACAAAUCUAGUUGGGGUGGAAAGCAGCAAAGUGGUUGAGUCUCAGCUCGCAGAUUUCUUGGUGUUUCUCAGGCGUGUACUGUCAUUAAGAGUGAUGAAAAGACUUUCUACUUUUGUCAAAUGGAUUGAUCCACUCAUGGCCAUAAUUUCACACAAGUGCUCUUUAGGAUCUCCAUGCUUCCACAACCUUCGCACGAAGCUUUUGGCCUUCCAUGUAUUGGAAAGACUGUUACCUGCUUGUUCUGAGCCUGUUCAAAUUCAACAGAUUGUUAAACAGCUAUUUCAGCUCUUGUCUGUUUAUAUGUGGAAGGAACCACUAGCUGAGAGGAACCACGAGGAGACGUCUGAAAAACACAAAGGGAAUCCUGGCAGCUAUGAUGAAUGUAUUCCUAUUGGAGAUUUUUCCUUUGACCCACACAAGAUAGUCUGCUGUUCUUUGGAGAGUGGGAACAUCCUCUCCCAUGGCUCAGGAGGGAAAGGUUACGGCCUGGCAACCACUGCCAUCACAUCUGGCUGUUUCAUUUGGAAAUUCUACAUUACCAAAGAGAACAGAGGCAAUGAGGGUACAUGUAUUGGUGUUUCACGCUGGCCAGUCAGAGAUCACAACCACCAUACCACCACUGACAUGUGGCUGUAUCGUGCCUAUAGUGGCAACCUGUACCAUGGAGGGGAACUGGUGCGCACACUUCCUUCGUUCACCCAGGGUGACACCGUCACCUGCAUCCUGGACAUGGAGGCUCACACCAUAUCUUUUGCUAAGAAUGACAAGGAGCCAAAGUUGGCAUUUGAAGGUGUUGUGGCCUCUGAACUGUACCCUUGUGUGUUGUUCUACAGCAGUAACCCUGGAGAGAAGGUGGCACUGCGUGACCUCCAGAUGCGAGGCAUGCCCAGCAAUCUGCUUCCUGGGGAGCCUCUCUGCAGCCCUCGGACCACGGUGCUCCUGGAAUCAACGGUGCAGCUGCUCCGUAAGCUCCAUCAGUGUGAGCAGUGGGCCUCGCACAUCAACCUGUACAUUCAUACCCACCUGGAGCUCAUAGGUCCCCUGCUGAAAGACGAAGACUUGGGAAGCUUCAGUUCAGGCCUCAGUCCCACUCACUUUGAGAAGGAAGAGAAUGAAAGCGACAGAGGCCUUUCUGGUGAUGACACAGGGGAAUUGUUGGCACAUCGUCGAUCUCUGUCAGAUGCAAAGCUGGCUGCUCUUUGCACUGAAGUGUGGCCGGUACUGGCCCUGAUCGGAGGAGUGGAUAAUGGUCUCCGGGCUGGAGGUCUGUGCCUGCACAAGCCCAGUGGGCGCAGGGCCAUUCUGCUGGGAGUCCUGAAAGAAGGAAGCUCCCUGGCCAAGCUUCAGUGGGAGGAGGCAGACCUUUCUGUCAGCUCCAUGAAUUCUUGGUCACCCAGCGACACGCCGAUCAUCUCAUUGGAGCCCUGUGACAUGUCCUGCUGUGAUCUCACCACACUCGGAGGCCUCAAACCCACGGUGUUGUUAGAUCUGAUUUAUUUGAUGGGGCUGCUGGAGGAGCAGGGAUGGCUGGGGGCUCAUCCAGCCCCCAAAAGGAAAUACUCAGAGGAGGACAUAAAAGCGAGCGAGACGCAGGGUUGUCGGGAUGAAGGCAUGCCUGCUGACGUCAGGUGGUUGACAGAAGAUGAGAGGAAGAAGUCCAAGGAGCAGAGGUUUGAGUCAGACCCCUCACCGUCCUCAACCAAAGAUUCCGCAAAGAAUGCUGACCAUCAGGAGUUGACCUGUCUGCCCCAAACAUCCCAUACCUCCAAAGCUGAUGCCUUUGCCCUUGAACUGAGAGCAGUUAGAGUCUCAUACCUUCUCAUCGGGGCUUUGAAAUCCCUGACUGUCAUUUUUAGUUGUGAGAAGCUAACAGAUUUGCUUCUAGUGCCUAAACAUGACCCUUUCAACUCCUCUGUGAGUCCCCUGUCAAGCCCGAACCCUGACCAGACCAAGGCCAGCAGCAAACAGUGGGAUGAGAGUGCUGAGCUGAGAUCAGUGCUGCAGUAUGUGGUGCAGAGCAUGGUGAAGUGGGCAGUCAGGCCCUGUCCCAUCAAACAGAGCGUGUCUCUUGCCGACCUGGAAAGGGCCCAGGUCAUGAUCUACAAAGGAGCCAUUAGCAGGCUGCAGGAGGACAAAGAGCACAAAGAAUCCGGCACCCACUCGUCUCAGCCCAUUUCCAAGUCCUCCAGCUCUGUGUCCUUGUACAGCGCAGGUUCAGAAGGCACUGCCAUCUUCGGCCAAUCAAACAGAGCCUCUGCCUCAUCCUCUAACACUGACCUGGCAUCGUCUCUGCCAACAAACCUGCAAGCAGAUGGCCUUGAAAAUUUCAACCCUUUCUUUCCCAUCAGCCUCCUCCAGCACAUGGUCUUAACUCGGUUCCCUACGCUUACCGGCCUGGUUAGCUCUCCCCCCGUGCUGCCACCUUGCUUCAGCCUGGCCAGCUCUGCUUCUUGUGAUGCCUUCACAGAGCAGCAGACUAGCUUCAUGGAACCAGGUCCCUGCAGCACACAGGCCAGAAGCAGCCUGGAGAAUAGCUUUGCUAAUCGUUGCAGUCCUGCAGAACGGACACAAAUGUUUGUCACCAGUCGGUUGCUAGAAAUGGGAUUCUCUAUGAGACAUAUCUACUGGGCCAUGGAGGCAGCAGAUGUAGCAGGUGACCUGGACUCUCAAACCAUUGAGGUGUUGGCCAGCUGGAUGCUAGAGCACCCCCUGACUGAGGAGCAGCAGGCAGCUGAGUCAUCCAGACCCGAGGGUGCUCCUGACACCCCGUCUCCAGAUGGGCCCGAGACUGUACAAUGUCCUGAGCGCACCACCAGUCAACCGAGUGAAAGUCUGCUGCCAGGGCUCGACUGGAUAGAGAGGGAGAACUUCUUGGACGUCCAUCUCACAAGGAACAGACCUCCUCCAGCACGGCGGCGACGUUCGGGCCCGAGUCAGAGAACCUCCUUCCGAAGGGCAGGUCAGAGGCAAAUCAGGCAAACCAGAAAUAAAAUGUGCAUAUUGAAGCUGUACUUGCCGUCACCCAACCCCCUCCCGCAGCUGUUUCAACAGCACACAUCGGUCGGCGACUGGCCAGAGCAGGUGGAGUUUCAUCCCUUCUCUGCUGAGGAGGAGUCGGAGUUGGGCUACAUGGAUGAUCCGUACCAUGAGGAAACGUACGAGGACCUGCUCACUCCGUCAUUCUUCAGCUUGGAGAGAGACACCCUCCAGAUAGUGGAGGCCGGAGAAGAACACAGUCAGAUGGUGAAGUGUGAGCUGUGCAACACCCUGACCCUGCAAUUUAACAAUCAUAUAAAGCGACGUCACCCAGGUUGCGGUCAGAGUGCUGCGCGGAAGGGUUAUGAUAGCUCUGGGGCCUACGUGGACGUCUGGUUCAAAGGGGAGUGUGGCUCCAACUUCCCCUUCUACCUCCUCUGCAGCUCCUGCAGGGAAAAGUAUCUGGCUGCAAACCUGAGCGACCCAACUUCUAAAUAUGAGAGGAUUAAAGGUCUGACAUCUGAUUUGAUUGGCCAGCUGGACAGCACUUCUGAUGAUGAUUGGGAAAUGAGCCACCAAGAAGAAUGUGACACAGACAAGCUGACAGGAUUGGAGGACUUUGGGCUUUUGCUGAGACCACUGGGGUUGACUGAAAAGAAGCUGGUGCCAGACCCCAUUGCCUUCACUGAGCCAGAUCCCCUUGGAGCCCUGGUUUACAGCUCUGCUGAUCCUACCAGAGCAGUUGCUCCCAAAGGGAAUGCCCUUGUUGAGCAGAAGACCUCUCUGAGCCUUGGACAGCAGGCAGUGUCACUGAGGGACUCUCAUGACAGACUUAAAGCUUUAAGAAGAGUCACCUCCACAGCCCAGAUCCUGCUAGCGUACAGCAUGGUGAUGAGAGCUCUGUCUCAGACUGCUUCCAGUGCGUCGGUGUGCAGCCAGUCUAACGGGCUGGAGUCCUUGGGUCUGGCGGAUAUCCGUAUCCUGGUUCGUUUAAUGACUCUAGCAGCUGGGGGUAGGGCUCACACCUGUGUGGACAGACAGCCAGGUGUGAAGGGGAUGGUGGCGGAGCGCAACAACUCCACCUGCCUCAGCUUUCUUUCCUCAGCCAUCGGGUGUGUGGUGUCUCACAGCCCUGUGGCUUACAGACAGCUGGUGGAGAUUUGUACUCAGGACCUAAUGGCAGCAGCUACAGGGGUGAACAUUGGGGCCAUCAGUGACCCACAGCAGAGAGGUUCCAGUCUAACGGCCCAGGGAGCCCAGCAACAGAAGGACUACAAUGAGCAGGCACCCCCCACAUUCCUGGUCACACAAAGUCUGGUGUCCUUGCUCACUGAAAAGGGCGUUCAGUGUUACAGCCCAGACAGAGCUGAACACGAGGCUAAUGAUGCAGGAAACCAAGGGGUGUCUUCUUCAUCCUUGCCUCCUUCUCCUUUACCCCACCUGAGUGCCAGAGUGGGCCCCCUGGAGCUGGCUAAUGCGUUGGCGGCGUGUGUCCUGUCUGCCAGGCUGACCAGUAAGCACCGCCAGUGGGCAGCCCAGCAGCUGUUGCAGGCCUUGGCUGCCACAGGGAGGGACGGUCCUAAUCGGCCCCAAACAUACAGCGAUCUGGCUGGCGACUUGCGCAAAUGUCCUCUCAAGAGGCUGGAAGGCCAUUACAACAAGGUGACCAGCUGUUCCUGGAACAGUGAUCAGAGUUUGCUGGCGACAUGCUCUCAGGACAAGGUGGUGCAGCUGUGGAGCAUCAGCCAGAGCAAUGUGGAGUUACAGACUACCUUCUCCUGCAUUACCAGUAAAACAGACCGAUCGAGCAGUGAGAGGGCCAGUAGAUGUCACCACAUGUCUCCUGUAUACUGGAGCACAGGGGGAAACUUUCUGGCUGCUCCAGAGAACAAACACAUCAGCAUCAUGAACAUCAGGGGAUCUCACUGUCACGUGGAGGCUCAGAUGUCUCGGGUCACAGCCCUCUGCUGGGCUCAGGCCUUCAGCUUGUGGGUUCUUGACCAGCCAGCGGCCGCUAAGAACAAACCUGCGGAGAGCCUGUUGGUGGGACGCCUGGAUGGCUCCCUCUGCUGGCUGCAAGUCACCAUGCAGGAGAUCGACCUGCAUGUGAAGAGCACUGAACUCACCCACUGCCACAGGAAAGAAGCUGCCCAGUGUGUCGCCUGGCACAGUGAGGACAAACCUUUUGCAGUGGGUUAUCCCAGUGGAAAGAUCCUCUUGGCCACUACUGAGACAUAUGAGAAUGAGCAGCCUGUGAUGCUGUCUGUCUUCCAGGACAGUGUGAGCUCUCUAAAAUGGGACCCCACGGGACACUUGCUCCUGUGUUUGGGGAGGUCAGAGGUAGUGAAGAUUCUGGGACGCUCUGGGGCCACUUGGGUGAAGCUGCACUCCCUCAUUCACACCAGCACGGUUAACAUCGCUGAGUGGUGCCCACUCGCAGGCAGAGCGCCUGAUCCCAGGCUCAUGAUGGCUGUAGGUUGUCAGAAUGGCUCUGUGCAUGUGUGGACACUGCCACAGGGGGGUACCGUUGUAUCUUUUCCCAACACAUUGAACAGCCCACCGAUCCAGGAUAAAAGCAGUGAGGUCAGUAUGGAUCUAGCAAAGUGUGUGUUUGUACUUCAUGGCCACAUCACAGCAGUGAAGUCGCUUUCAUUUUGCUCCAGUGGACUGGCUCUGGUCUCUGGAGGGAUCGGGGGACUACUCAACAUCUGGUCCUUACAGGACGGUUCAGUCUCACAGACUGUUACAGGUUUGGGUUCUGUCGUCGACACCACCUGGAUACCAAAUUUGGGGGUGGCUGCCUGUUUUGGGAGAUCGAAGGAUGUUUUGUUGAUCUGCUGCACCCCUGACUGGAUCAGCCAAAACCACGUGUUAGCUUCCUGUCGCAUGGUCCUCAGGAGCCAGAACAUCCUGGGUCUAAAUCGGGCACCUUGUUUGGCCGUCUUCCUGGAGAGGCUGCCCUUGCUGCUGCAGGAGCAGUACAGCUAUGAGCGGAGCCAUGUGGCAGCCGGUGACCAGCUAGUCCACAGUGCCUUCUUGCAGAGCCUGGCCUCCCUGACUGUUGGUCUGUCCUUAGAGAAACACCUGUGCCGUUACCCCCGCCCCCCACACCACACCACUCCUGAUGCCCACUCCUGCCCGUCAGAGUGGAGCUGGCUCGCCACGUACGCCAUUACUGUCCGCAGCGCUGAGGCUAUUGCCAGCGGCACUGCCUUCCCAGAAUCCUUCAUUGUUUCAGAGUUUCAGGAGCAGAAUGACAGCGAAAUCACCAAGGCACUGGACAACAGUAAGUGGAGCUUCAGGAUGGAUGAACAGCUGAUGUCAUGGGCCACCAGCAGACCAGAGGACUGGCAACAAGGGGGGAAGAGUGAGGUGUACUUGUGGGGGAACGGACGUUACGGACAGUUGGCAGGAAUGGGAACCAACCUCAUGCUGCCCACUCUUGCACCCUCUCUGUUACAAACACAACAGGUUGUGUGUGGGCAGAACUGUUCCUUCCUGGUCCAAUCCAAUGGAACAGUGCUGGCUGUGGGAGAAGGACAAUAUGGCAGACUGGGCCAGGGGAAUUCUGAUGACCUCUAUGUCCCCACUAUUAUCUCUGCUUUUCAAGGGUAUGUGGUGACUCACCUGGUGACGUCUUGUGGAUCCGAUGGACACUCUAUGGCCCUGACUGAGACUGGGGAGGUGUUCAGUUGGGGAGAUGGAGAUUUUGGAAAACUGGGCCAUGGCAACAGUGAAAGGCAGAGGAGACCCAAACAGAUAGAGGCCUUACAAGGAGAAGAGGUCAUUCAGCUUGCUUGUGGCUUCCGGCACUCAGCUGUGGUCACAGCAGAUGGGAAGCUGUUCACCUUCGGCAGCGGUGAAUCUGGUCGUCUGGGUCAAAGGUCAACAUCCAACAAGAUGCUGCCUGAGAGGGUGGCUGCCCUAGAGGGAUAUCAUGUGGGACAGGUGUCUUGUGGUCUCAACCACACACUGGUGUUGUCUCUUGAUGGCAUGGUUGUGUGGGCCUUUGGAGAUGGGGAUUAUGGCAAAUUGGGAACAGGUUCCUCUACAACAAAGUACUAUCCUCAGAAAGUGGAGCAGCUUUGCAAUAAGGGAAUCAAGAAGGUCAGUUGUGGGACUCAGUUCUCUGUGGCGUUGGCCUGUGAUGGACAUGUUUACACAUUUGGACAAGAGCGCCUGAUCGGCCUGCCGGACUCCAUGCUGAAGAAUAAAUCCUGCCCCCAGGUGGUGCCAUCUCUGGAGGGGCUGUGCAUAGAAGACAUUGCUGUGGGCUGUGAACAUGUGCUCGCUCUGUCCUCCACGGGAGACGUCUAUGCCUGGGGCUGCAACAGUGAGGGACAGCUCGGCCUUGGACACUCCAACCCAGUGAGGGAGCCCACGCUUGUAACAGCCCUUCAGGGUAAGAACAUCAGACAGAUCUCCGCCGGCCGCUGCCACAGUGCAGCGUGGACCACCCCCUCUACCUCGAUGAAAAACUCAGGUGGCCCUGGAAAUUUCCAGCUCGGCCUUCCCCAGUCAGUCCCUCCCCAGUACAACACUCUGAAAGACUGCAGCCCUGAUGUCCUCAGCAUGCGCCUCAGGGUCCUCUACAACUUUUCUGAUCUCAUGUACAAGUCCUGGAGGCUGCUUAACCUGGACGCCAAGAACCCCGUGUCCACUUCACGCUAUAGUUCAGGGACGACGGCCAUCGUCCGCGGUGAGCUCAGAGGCCUUCUAUCACCCAAGGUCAACACUCUGCCUCUAGUGCGCUCCAUUGGCAGAACAAUGACCCAGGGCAAAACAUAUGGGCCACAGAUCACAGUGAAACGGAUUUCCACAAGAGGGCGUUCCAGCAAGCCCAUCUUUGUGCAGAUAGCGAAGCAGGUGGUGAGCCUGAAUCCUCUGGAGCUGCGGCUUCCAUCGCGAGCCUGGAAGGUCAAGCUUGUCGGAGAGGGAGCUGACGAUGCCGGAGGAGUGUUUGAUGACACCAUCACUGAGAUGUGCCAGGAGUUGCAGUCGGGUGUGGUGGAUCUUCUGAUUCAUACUCCCAACAGCUUUGCAGAUGUGGGCAGUAAUACUGACAGGUUCCUAUUGAACCCAGCUGCAUUCUCAGAGGAUCACAUGGUUCAGUUUCGCUUCCUGGGCAUCCUCAUGGCUGUGGCUAUCCGCACCAAGAAACCUCUGGACUUACAUCUGGCUCCUUGGGUGUGGAAACAGCUCUGCUCGAUGCCACUGGGGGGGCCUGAUCUGGAGGAGGUGGACCUGCUGACCUACCGCACCCUCCAAGGCAUCCUGCACCUGGAAAACAGUGGAAUCACAGAGGAUAAUUUCCAUGUGAUGAUCCCACUGGACUCGUUCGUGGCCCACAGUGCAGAUGGAAGGCUGGUGCCUGUGGUUCCUGGAGGUCAAAACAUCUCCCUGACCUUUGCCAACCGGACUGAAUAUGUGGAGAGAGCUCUGGACUACAGGCUGCAUGAAAUGGAUUCACAGGUGGCAGCAGUCAGAGAGGGCAUGUCCACCAUCAUCCCUGUGCCCCUCCUCUCCCUGCUGACAGCGCAGCAGCUGGAGCAGCUGGUCUGCGGCCUACCAGAGGUCUCCGUCGAGAUGCUGAAGAAGCUUGUGCGUUACCGUGACAUCACAGAGAGCCACCAGCUUAUUGGCUGGUUUUGGCAGAGCUUGGAGGAGUUCACCAAUGAGGAGCGAGUGCUUUUCCUGCGUUUCGUCUCUGGCCGGUCCAGAUUGCCUUCCAACCCGGCUGACAUCACGCAGAAGUUCCAGAUCAUCAAGGUCGACAGGCCCGUCAAUGGCCUCCCUACCGCUCAGACCUGCUUCUUCCUGUUCCGCCUGCCCCCGUACACCAGCCAGGCCAUCCUAGCCGAGCGUUUGCGUUACUCCAUCCACAACUGCCCCUCCAUCGACAUGGACAACUACAUGCUGACCCACAACACCGACCCAGCAGACAGCUCCGACACAGAGGACUGAAGCAGCCCACUGUGUCCACCAGGGUGAUGAAUGUAUCUUCUCCCAUGCCAUGCACAUUAUGCACUGAACACUGAUUUUUAUUCGCCAAACCGGUAUGGUAGUGUACUGUUUAUAUGUUGGUUGAUUUAAAGAUGCGUGUAGUUUUAGUUUUCCAACUGUGCAAGGUGUUGUAAUUAUUGCAGUGCUUACUCUGAAUCAAAACUACAGGGAUAUGGAAUAAAGUUUUUAAAAAUAUAGGUAAAAAAGCCACAAUAAAUGAGUUAAUGUGCCUGUUUGUUUGAAAAUAUGUAAUAAUUUAUUGACCUGUCCCACAAAGACAGUAUUAUUGUAAAAUAAAGAGUGUUUAAAUAAGG